UCGAUAUCGAUAUAUUGAUAUUUUGGCAAGCAACCCUACUGCUCGGCGCAAAAGCGGAAAAAAAACACAAAAAAAACUGUCAUAAAAACCUCGGAAAACAAUUAGAAAUUAAAUAAACGUCACGAACUAAGUUUAAUCUGCAAUUAAACAUUAAGGUGGAAGCGUCGAAAGUGCAAGAGAUUAAGUCCAGGACCCGCACAAAUGGAAUACACAAUGAAAUCUGUUUGAAGACUCCGAGCAUAUCCCAACAUAAAUGCUAUCACCACUCUCUGAUCUGCAACACUAGCUCAGUAUGAAUCCUGCCGAGCUUCGAAUGAUGUGGAUGAGCAGCCAGUACAAUUCUGAGCGUAUCACCCUGGAAGAUGCCGCCACUCUACUGGGUCAUCCCAAUGUUGGACUCUCUGUUAUGGAGGACAUCUCCGCCCAUCAACCCACUCUGGAAAUGAAUCCGAUGAUGAGCCUGGUGGGGGGGGAUUUCACUGGCCAGGCGGCGGCAGCAGCGGCGGCACUCGGCGUUCAGCCAGGCACCCUAAUUGCCACCAAUUCAAACAACCUAUACGGAUUUGCGCACAUGGGCGGCCUGCAGCAUCAGCUGCUCCAGCAGACGGCGGCGGCGGCUGUCUUUCAAAACUAUGCCGAGGUGAUGGACAAUGAGGUGGGCAUGUCCGCGGACGUUGCCGGAUCGGCGCUGAUGAACGUGGGUGUUGGCGUUGAUGUGGGUGUGGGCGAUUCGAUUGUGGACGAUGAGGAUCCGCAAGUAUAUGGCCAGAUGGAGGAUGGCUAUGACGAUGGCGGGUCUGGGCUGGAGCCCAAGCAGGAGAUCAUCAACAUCGAUGAGUUCGUGAUGGACAACAAUUCGUACGAUGGCACAGAUUUCAUGACCUCCUCCGACAAGGACAUCUCGCAGUCCUCCUCGUCCUGCAUGACCCAGCUGCCCAGUGGACUGGGUGUGCCGGGAACAGAGCACGAUCUUCUGGUUCCACUGGCCGACGGCCUGUUGCAUCACAAGUUGCUGGGCACCACCCUCUCCCCGGCGAUGGGUGCUCUCAACGGGAAUACCUUUGGCAACAUAAUGGUCGGCUCGGAGGCAUCAAGUGUGAACACAAUCAAGCAAAUGCAGAGAAACUUCACGCUGGCCAAAGGCGGCACUGUCCCAAGCACCACCACCACAAGCAGCACUAGCGGGAGCUCUAGCAAUGUAGCCUUAGCGUCCACAUCCUCCUCGCUGCGCACCCAGCGGAAGACGCGAAAGAUCGAGCCGGUCAACAGGCCGGGGCUGGAGCUAAAGACGCCCAUCGCGUACAAGGGCAACAUAGACCCCUCGGUGAUCCCUAUUCAGAAAGACGGAAUGGCUGUCUGUAAACGAUGUGGCGCCAUUGGAGUAAAGCACACUUUCUACACGAAGUCCCGACGCUUCUGCAGCAUGGCCUGUGCCCGAGGGGAGCUGUACUCCCUGGUACUCAAUAGCAAGGUGGAGGCCGACCAAAUGACAGCAAACUCUCCCGUUCCCGGCACCAGCCUGGACUCGAGCGAAGAAGUGCUGGCCGGCGAACAGCAACAAGUUUCGUCCGACAUCGAACUGGACCUGCAGGCGGCGCACAUUAAGAAUGCCAACUACAGGUUCCGCAUCACGGAUCAGUCCAAAAUCACCCAAUUGAACAGUUUCGGAGAGCCUAUGUCCCUCGGCGGCGAGGCGGCCGCCAAUAACAUUCAAACGUCGGCCGUGGAAACAAUUUCCGCUCUGAACGGAUCGGUGGGCGAGGAUGUCGCUCAGGGCGGACUGGAGGGCAGUGGAGCAGCUCCUCCGAACGCCUAUCUCACUGCAGCCCCGACGCCGAAGGCCCUGAGACUCUUCAAAGAUGUUUACCCGCAGGACGAUCUUCCUCAAAUACCCAAAUACGAACGACUUCCGGUUCCAUGUCCCCAAAUGGAAAAGAUCAUCAGCAUACGGCGGCGUAUGUACGAUCCCACACACUCCUACGACUGGCUGCCGCGCCUCAGCAAGGAGAACUUCAAUGCGGCGCCAGUCACAUGCUUCCCCCAUGCACCUGGCUGCGAGGUCUGGGACAACCUGGGCGUCGGCAUGAAGGUGGAGGUGGAGAACACCGAUUGCGACAGCAUCGAAGUGAUCCAGCCGGGCCAGACGCCCACCUCGUUCUGGGUGGCGACCAUCCUGGAGAUAAAGGGCUACAAGGCACUGAUGAGCUAUGAGGGAUUCGACACGGACUCUCACGACUUUUGGGUUAAUUUGUGCAACGCCGAGGUUCACUCGGUGGGCUGGUGCGCCACAAGGGGCAAGCCGCUCAUUCCGCCGCGCACCAUCGAGCACAAGUACAAGGACUGGAAGGACUUCCUCGUGGGCCGUCUCUCGGGCGCCCGAACUCUGCCUUCCAACUUCUACAACAAGAUCAACGACAGCCUGCAGUCGCGCUUCCGGUUGGGACUUAACCUGGAGUGCGUCGACAAGGAUCGCAUCUCGCAAGUACGCCUGGCCACUGUCACUAAGAUCGUGGGCAAGCGCCUCUUCCUGCGGUAUUUUGACUCGGAUGACGGCUUCUGGUGCCACGAGGACUCGCCCAUCAUCCAUCCGGUGGGCUGGGCCACCACAGUGGGCCAUAACUUGGCAGCGCCCCAGGACUACUUGGAAAGAAUGCUGGCUGGUCGCGAGGCCAUGAUUGAGGUGCACGAGGAUGAUGCCACCAUCGAGCUGUUCAAGAUGAACUUCACCUUCGAUGAGUACUUCGUGGACGGCAAGACCAAUGGCUUUGUGGAGGGCAUGAAGAUAGAGGCCGUGGAUCCCCUGAACCUCUCCUCCAUUUGCCCGGCCACGGUUAUGGCGGUUCUGAAGUUCGGAUAUAUGAUGAUUCGCAUUGAUUCCUAUCAGCCGGAUGCCUCAGGGUCGGAUUGGUUCUGCUAUCAUGAGAAGAGUCCGUGCAUUUUUCCGGCUGGCUUCUGUUCUGCAAACAACAUAACUGUCACUCCCCCGAAUGGUUAUGACUCCCGCACCUUCACCUGGGAGGGCUACCUGCGCGACACUGGCGCCCUGGCCGCCAGCCAACACUUGUUCCACCGGGUGAUACCCGACCACGGCUUUGAAAUGGGCAUGAGCCUGGAGUGCGCCGACCUCAUGGACCCGCGUUUGGUGUGCGUGGCUACCGUGGCGCGUGUAGUGGGCCGUCUGCUGAAGGUCCACUUUGACGGCUGGACGGACGAAUAUGAUCAGUGGCUGGACUGUGAAUCGGCGGACAUCUACCCAGUGGGUUGGUGCGUCCUGGUGGGCCAUAAGCUGGAGGGACCACCGCGAGUGGCACACCAGCCGGCGCCGAAAGCCGCUCCAAAGCCCAAAGUGCCACGGAAGCGAAAGACAAAGAAGGGGGCCGCCGGGGCCAGGAACGCAAACGAAAAUAACUCGCCAUCAGUGAAACCUCGCACAAUCGCUCUUAAAACCACUCCGCACUUGCCCAAGCUGAGCAUUAAACUGGAACUGAAGCCAGAGCAUCACAAUGCUGCCUUUUACGAAAACAAUCAACCGGAAGAGGAGCCCGAGGAAGAGGAUGCCGAGGCCGAUGGGGAUGUGGAUGGCGAUGGCGAUGGCAGCACCAGUCACAUUUCCGAACAGUCGACCACCCAAUCUUCCAGCGAUCAGGUAGCCGGUUCGAGCAGCGGAUCCACCUCGCUGCUGAACACAGCAACGAGCAACAAUAAAAUGGUAAAGAAAUCCUCCACUACUAAGUCACCUGCACCACCAACCGUGGGCCGCAAAGCCACAAGCUAUAUUGCGAACUCCUCAGCGACGAAUAACAAAUACAUUCCUCGCCUAGCCGAUAUAGACUCCGGUGAGAUGCAGGUGGAGCUAAUGCCAGAGCUAUGGAACGUGUACGAUGUGUCGCAGUUCCUGAGGGUCAACGACUGUACCGCCCACUGUGACACCUUCAGCCGGAACAAGAUCGAUGGCAAGCGGUUGCUGCAGCUGACCAAGGACGAUAUAAUACCACUGUUGGGAAUGAAAGUGGGUCCUGCCCUCAAAAUCUCCGAUCUAAUUGCCCAGCUCAAGUGCAAGGUUAAUCCCGGCAAGGCCAGAUCGCACAAGACCAACAAGUCGCCGUUCUUAUAGUGCGCGGACUUUAGUUUUUUCAAAGCAAAGCGAAAAAUAUCACCGAUAGAACUACAUAUAAUUUUAAAAUAUAUUAUAUAUAUAAGAAGUAUAUAUAUAUUUAAGCAUAUGCAUACUGAAGUAUUUUGUUAGCACGGGAAGUCAAAAAAAACACACACACACACAAUCGUUGCCUAGAGUGGGCUUCUAUGCCCAUUAUACAAUUAUAUAACUAACUCAAGUCUCAAGCGCGUUAUUUCAGAUCGAUUAUAUCGUUUAUAAAAUAGAAUAGCAUAGUCCAGUAGUCCAGUAGUCGAGUAGUCCACUCUCCAAUCAGAGUUCGAUAUCAAUUGUAUAGCAAACGUUGAAUUGAGGAAAAAAAAAAACUAAAAACUAAAAACUAAAAACUAAAACACGCAUAUUUUGUAUAAUAUUGAGAGCAAAAUGGUAACAUUCAAUCAAUAUAUUUACAUAGAUAUAUAUGCGGAAUGCAUAAGAUUGUUAAUUGUACAUAAACAGCGUCGUUGAUGACGUUGUCCCUCACGAAUGUCAUAUUUUAAAUAGUUUAAACUUAAAGCCAGUAGCCAGUCGCCAGUCAACCGAAUCAGGAAGCAAUUAGUCCGUAAUAUCAUACCAGAAUGAUAGUCAGCCAAACGGACUCUUCGAUUUAUACACGCCUACUUAUUUUGAAAUGUAUACCUUUGAAUACAAAAAAUAAAAACAUAAAAUAAAAAUGAUGUAAUUAGAUAAGUCUAAGCUACCACUCGAUGUCAGAAUAAUUAAAAAAAAAAAACCAACAAAAAUCCGAAUUAAAAAAAAUUGCAAGUAUUGAAAAGUGAUGGUCUUUCGAAAAUAAAAACUACUUUGUUUUUUAAAUAGUUUUAGGUUGCUAUAUAUAUUAUGAUUAUUGAUACAUUUUAUGAUAUACAGACUAAAUUCUUAAAAGUACGUGUACACUGUGUUUGGUGGCUAAAUAUUUAUACUAGGUUUUCUUUUUUCUUAAUUCUUUUUUUUUUUUUUUUGAUUAAACAUUUCAACACGCACACCGAAUGACAAACUUGAUUGAAGAUUUUCCUUUUUUUCUUCAUUUUUUUUUCUAUUAUUAUAAUAUAACGACGAAUAAAUGAAUUUUCUGAUCAAAUCUGAAGUGGGUGCGAGUAUAUAAAUGUUGGAAAAUUGAAAAAUUGUUGCCAUAACCGAUAGAUGGAAGGAGAAAUGAGGUGAAAGGAGUUAAA